AUGGGUUCUCUGGACACCGUGAGAGGAGACCUUGCUCUGGUUAUUUUGUACCUAAACAAGGCUGAGGCAAGGGAUAAAAUCUGCAGAGCGAUACAGUAUGGAUCAAAGUUCCUGAGUAAUGGAGAACCAGGGCCUGCACAGAAUGUCGACAAGUCAACUAGUCUGGCUCGGAAAGUUUUCCGGCUUUUUAAGUUUGUCAACGAUCUUCAUGCUUUAAUUAGUCCUCCUGCCAAAGGAACUCCACUUCCACUGAUCUUACUCGGGAAGUCGAAGAAUGCGAUGCUGUCAACUUUCCUCUUCCUGGACCAAAUUGUGUGGGCUGGGAGGACAGGAAUAUACAAGAACAAGGAGCGGGCAGAGUUCCUUGGAAGGAUAGCAUUUUAUUGCUUCCUCGGUUCUAACACCUGCACAACUAUUAUCGAGCUAGCUGAGCUCCAACGGUUGUCCGCUUCAAUGAAGAAGCUAGAGAAGGAGCUGAAACACCAAGAGUUGUACAAGAACGAGCAGUACCGGAUGAAGCUGCAGAAGUCCAACGAGCGGCUGCUCGCCCUCAUCAAGUCGAGCCUCGACAUCGUGGUUGCCGUGGGGCUGCUGCAGCUGGCGCCGAAGAAGGUGACCCCUCGUGUCACGGGCGCGUUCGGUUUCGCCAGCUCGCUGAUCGCUUGCUACCAGCUGCUUCCGAGCCCACCAGCGAAGAGCAAGUGA